GCAAAGGUUUUGAAAAGUACCAGUAUUAUUUUUUUUAAAACAUUUACACAAUUGGAUUUUGUUGUUUUAUAAAAUAGCUUGUGUUUUUAAAAACAGAUUAAAAUUGCGUUACUUUAGAGGUUAAAAUGAAUAAAGUUUUCUAAAUAAAUCCUGCCUCCUUUGUUUUGUAGUAAUAAAAAUGGAUGAACCAGAUAAACUGGGUGUCAAUACAUGGAGAGUGGAUGAUUUAGAUGGAGGUUUAUCAAUUGGUUUAUCAAACCUUCAUGGGUUGGGAACACAAGAACUUAUGGAGGAUCACACACCAGCCUAUGAUAUGACUCAAGUUCUCCAACUGUCUAUCUUCAAGGAAGAGCCCUUGCAGAGUAGUCUUCAAUCAUUAAAUAACUCACUAGAAGAAUCUCUGACAAAUACGUCGUUAAAUCUUUCACAUAUGAAUGAUAUCCCAACAUUUCCUGGAAAUUUCAUUAUGCGAAGAAUGGAUGAAAAACCACCAGAGACUAAUUACUCCAUUACAUUGAAAGCACCGACUGCUCCUGGUAGAAAACUUGACGAAGAGACACUUACAUGGUUAAAUCAAGGUCAGUCCUAUGAGAUAGCCUUGGCAGGAGAAAAUGAAACAAAUCUAGGAACCCUUAUCAAGUCAGCUGUAAGCAUUGGAUUUCAAGAAAGACAACAUCAGUAUUUUGAAUUUGAGAAGUAUGAUGAAUGGGUUUUAAACAGGCCUACUGAAAAGAUGAUUGAGUUAGAUGUUCCCAUGUGUCUCGGUGUCCACAAUCCUGUACAUGUCGGAACAUACACUAAUGAAAUUGAAUUUCAAUGGGAUCCAUCACAAGGUGUUUGCCUCUAUAUUAAGGUCAACUGCUUAAGUUCUGAAUUUACCAAAGGAAAGGGAGAGAGUGGAGUACCUCUUCGUUUGCAAAUUGAAAUAUAUAAUCAUGAAGUAUCCAAUAAACCAUGUUUUGUUGCUGGUUGUCAAGUAAAAGUGUUUCGGGCUAAAGGUGCAAAUCGCAAAUUAAAACUUGAAAAGGAAAAAAUUGAAAGUCUUUCGAAAGAAGAAGCAGUACAAGUUCAACAGUCCUAUGAUGUCACUGUUUUCAAAAAGUUAGACAGUAGCGAACGUCUUCGACGAAGAAGCACUGAAACACCAACCCAAUCAGACAUAACCAUGUCCGGAAUUUUUCCUACACAAUUGAGCCAGCUCAAGAUUGUAAACAGUUGCAAUAGUAACCUGUCGUUGACACCUGGCUAUAUGACGUCCAUGGCUGCACACACGAAUUUGACAGCCAACUGCGGUGUGGAAGAAACGCAAGCCUGGUUACGCUAUAAUCGCUUUCAAAAUUAUCAGAAAUGUUUUGCUAAUUUUACAGGUGCAGAUCUACUUCGACUUAGCAGAAGCGACCUCAUUCAACUUUGCGGACCAGCCGAUGGCAUCAGACUGAACAACACACUACAAGCGAGAGCUAACCGCCCACUGUUAACCAUGUACAUUUGUCCAGAAUGGCAUGAGAACGAGACUGGUAUGAGAGAAUAUCAUGCUAUGUUCUUAGAACGGUUGACCGUGGAAGAUUUAAAAAGAAAAUUGGCAAAAAAAUGUGGUAUAGAGGAACACUGUAUCACAGCCAUAUUAAAACAAGGUCCAACAGGCAUCCAUAUUCACGUUGAUGAUGAGGUUGUUCGAAAUUUUGUUGAAGAAGCGCAUCAUGUCGUUGAGGUGUUGAAAGAUCCAAUCACCGGUCAGUCUAAAAUCUUGUUGAAGUAGGAGAACUGGGGUGAUAUCAUCUUAUGCAUGAGGAAAAUUUAACUCGCAUAUUAUGUAUAAUGUGGGAGAUAUACAUGUUGACAUGUAAUAACCAAGUUGCAUCACCAGACAUCACAAGCGAUAAAUACCGACGACUUCCCAGUAACUAUGAUGUCGGUAUUAUUCAUCGUUUAUUUGUUGAUAUGUCAAGAACCGAAUGCAAGGAGUAAAUAACAUUCUGCUAGAGUGUCAAUAUGUAUUCAUGCAUUACUAUGGAAGAAUCAUGCAAGAAGUUUGCAAAAAAGAUUCGUUUGGCGAAAUUCAUUCAUAGACACAAUUAUAACUUGGUCCUGCAGCUAUGGCUGGACCGUUGUCAUGUCAUGUACAAAAAAAAGAUAGAAAUUCGCAUUUGACGCAUUUAAAUGUGUUUCACGAAAUUACGUCGUGUAGUAGAGAAAAAAAGGUUUUUACUGGAAUGUUUUCCGUAUCAUGUUUGAGAAAAAACCUGAUUUAGUUUGGUA